CGCUCCUUCGUCCCAGAUGGACGUGACCGUCCAUGUAUUGCGCAACGUAUCUCGUCCAAAUGUCGGGUUCGCAACGCGGUGACAAUUCAACAAAUUUUAAUGUUCACGCAAAAAAAUUAUUUUUCAUUUAAAAUAAUAAAGAAAAAUUAAAAAAAAAAAUUUUUUUUUUUAAUUAAAAAAAAUAACAAUUCGCGUUUAAAUUUCAUGUCCCGCGCAAUUUUUUGUGAAAGGAAACUAUUAUUUUUGAAGAAAAACGUGUCAACUAUACGAUGUAAACAAUAUGCGAAUAUUCGGGUAACAGAUUCUCAUUUUUUUUUUUUUUUUUUUUUUUUUAAACAAAUAAUGAUUCAAAAAUGUAAAUUCUAAAAUUAAUUUUAUUUACUAAUUUCAAAAAAAAUAUAUGUAUUGUUCGUUAAACAUUUUUUAUGAUAAAUUAAAAUUUUUUAAUGUAAUUGUGAUUGGCAAACCAAAAAAAAAGAGCAUAUAUUUUUAAUGAAAUAUGGUAUCAGGUUUUUUUUUUUAAUCCUUAAGUGACUUUCAUCAGUAAAUGAUAUCGCUGCCAAAAGACAAAUUUUACUAUAUAAAUAUUAUAGUUUAAGAUUUAAAAUUUUUAAUGAAGAUUGAAAUUAAUGAAGGGAUCGAUGGCCUCGUGUUAAAAUUUAUUUCUAAUAAUGAGAAAAUUUGUGAAAAUGUGAAAAUUUCGAGGAAAACUAUGCUGAAAGUAUAUUUCAAUUUUUUUAUAUUAUUUUGAGUCUACAUUUUUUGAGAAGAAAUCAAAUUUGACAAGAAUGCUUUCAACUGAAGAAAAGUCAUUGUUAAAUGUACAAUAUGAUAGAGGAUGACGUAAACAAUUUGAAUUGAAAAGAAAAAAAAAACUGAUGGCUUCUGAAAAAGUGUGAUAUUCGAAACAGGAAGUAAAGAUGGGUUCGUUACCGAAUUUGCACGAACUAUCAAGAGAAAAGCUCGAAAGUCCCGUAUACCGACCAGCUCCAAUUGGAGGUCUUGGUCCAGUGAGGUUACCACCGCAACCUCCACCCUUGGCUCACACCCACAAACGUGCGAGAAGCAGUGGUCAUCAUCAUGGAACAAUAUUAUGGGACAAUGACGCCAUGCUCGAGCACAUGGCAACGUACUCGCCAAUAUCGUGUCGAUCUGCAAGAGCAUCAGCGUUAUCGUGGAGGCGACGGGAGUCGAUGAGUUCGUCAGCUGGUGCAUCAUCAGUUCGUCGGUUGAUAGCUGCCGUGCGAACAACAUCCUCGGGACCAAGACCACCGAAAAAGGCAGUUUUAAGGCAUUGUGCUGCACUUUUAUUGGGUCACGCAACAUGCUCGGCUGCAAUCCUGCCAAUGUUCCCCCUUCAAGCCGGUCUUGGAGCCUUUGAUCCAUAUUUGGGUCCAGCAUUGUUAGCACUUCUCUUUGCGGUGGCAACUCUAGCCACAUGUUUUGCUCCCAUCAUUGUUCAAAAGCUCAGUACCAAUUUAACAAUUAUCGUUGGUCAUGUCAUUAUCACCAUCUUCGUUGGUGCACAUCUCUAUCCCAGAUGGUAUGUCUUAGUGCCAAGUUACGUAUUGCUGGGAAUUUGGAUGAGUCCGGGAUUUUUAGCGAGGACAUCACAUGUGAAUGUAUGUGCGGCUAGUUUGGGUCUUGUUUGUGCAGAUCCUGAAGAUCCAGAUGACACGAGAAGAGAUUGUUUGCUAAGAAGACUGAACAGAAGUAUGAAAUUAGCAGAGGACAUGGGUCUCGCUUUUGGUUGCUUUAUUGCAUCGAUUCUAAUCAAAAUAACCGAUAUGUCUCACAUUAAAUUCAUAUUUGAUGAAUCGGAGGAGGAAUGUGGCGCUGAAUAUUGUCCUGAAACAUCGAUGCAUUUUUACAACAAAGAUCAUUUACACAACGAGACGUUAUUUAUAUCGACAAUUCCACCGGGAACCUCUAAAGUAAUAGUGAGCGUAUGGCUUGGACUGGCGGUUCUUGCGAUUGGCACAUCAUGUGCUUUUCUUGAUUCAAGAUUAAAAGAGCCACAAAAUAUUAACGAUAGAAUCAGCACAAGUAAUUUACUAAAAUCUAUAAAAAGCGCCUUUCAAGAUCCAAAACUGCAAUUGGCAGCACCUCUCACACUUUUUGUCGGUUUGGAACAGGGCUUUAUAUUUGCCGAUUUCACGGAAGCUUAUAUUGUUUGCGCCUUGGGAGGUGCAGGAUCAGUGAGUCUUAGUUUCCUGAGUCUUGCAUUACUUCAAGCACUUGCGGGUGCGACACUUUCAAUGCUAUUGAGGCAUAUCAAACGAUAUUACGUUGUUGGUGUAGGUUUCGCUUUUCAUGCAUGUUUAUUGUUGGUGCUGGUAACCUGGAGACCUGCAGGUGAUGACCCAGCACUUUUUCACGUGAUAUCAGCCGCAUGGGGAGUUUGCGACGCUAUCUGGGAAACUCUAAUAUACACUCUAGUUUUAGGAUUGUAUACGAACUCGUGGCAAGGACCACUGGCCACAUCUUUAUUUUGGAGAUGGCUUGGACUUGCUCUAGCCUUAGGACUUCAUGGAUUGGUGUGUACACGAAGUCGUGUUCUUGGUUUAGCAGCAAUGCUUCUAUUGUCAGUGGUGCCAUACACAUGGCUCGAAAUACGACUGGCAAAACAUGGAAAAUGUCUUGCACCAUUGUGACCGCGUAGAUCAAACAACAACAAUAAUAAUAGAGGCGAAAAAUCGCACAACGACUGAGAUAGGUCCGUUCCAUCCAGUUUGAGGAGAAGUCUAUCUUCUUCAAUGAGAAGUGGUAGCAAUAAACUAAAAGGAAGGAAUGUUAAUAUUUUUAUCUGUCAUACCAGAACUUCCGAAAGUUCAGGCGUUGAGCAAGCGUCUGCUUUUCGUAUGUCUUAAAAUACAUUUUCCAUUUUUUUUUUCGCAAAUAAGGAAAAAAAUACUUUUUUAGAUUCUAUAAUAUAAAUAAGAUUCCAUUGUCAUUUAUCUGUGUAAGAUGUUUUCUAAAAAAAAAAAGAAGAAAAAAGCAGUAAAUAAAAAGAAUUACUGUAUUUUAUACAAAUUUGGAAAAAAGCCUUGCCUAAAAUCGAGGAUUGUUUCAGAUAUCAUAAGUUUUAGACAAAAAAGCCUUCGAGUCGACAGAGAAAAUGUUAUUUGAAGUAAAAAAAUAAAUAAAUUACAAUUUUGUAUGAAUUUUUUCAACAAAAAAAAAAAAACCGAUAAAGUUGAAGUGAAUUUACAUUAAUAUACUUAAAUCAUUAAAUAUCAGCGAGACAAUCACGAAAUAGAAUUUAUAGUUUAGUCGAAAAUAAAAGAUCUUUUUAUCUGAAAUGCGUAUUAGAUUUAAUUUCUAAACUGAAAGUAUUUUUCCUAUUGUUACAAAAAUAAUAUUGACCAAAUAAUAAUACAAAAAUGAAACUAAAAAAAAAGAAGAUAAACAAUAAAAUUGUUCUAAUAUUUUUGUUUCAAUUUCUAUUACUCAAGUCAAUUGUUAAAAAAAAUUUAUACUUUAAAAAAGCGAAGGCUAAAUGACAGUAACUUACGAUUCUGAAAGCUCACUAAAUAAAAAGAAAAAUUAAAUAAAUAAUACAUUAAAAAAAAAGUGGUGCUCAAAAACAAAAUAACAACCAAUUGUUAAAAAUGAAAAUAAUACAUACAAAAAAAAAACUAAAAACACUUUGUUACUCAUAUAAUUAAUGUUCAAUUUCAGGAAAAGAAUAUUUUUCUUAAGUAAUUUUCAUUAAAGUUGAAUUUUUAACUAUAAUGCAAAUUUAAUUUCAACUAAAAUUCACGGAAAUUUAAUAUUUUGAAAUAUAAUUGCGCAAUAUUAUUAUUUUCAAGAAAUAAUUCUUUAAUUAAUAAUUUAUAUUGAAUUAUUUAAUUAAAUAAAAGAAAUAAAUAACAAAUUUUUAAAUUAAAAAUAGGUAAAAAUUUUAUAUAUUCUUUUAAACGCAUUUUUGUUGUUAGACAUUAAAGUUUAAAUAAAAGCCAAUUGCUUGUAAAACUUAAAAUGUUCCUGUUCACUAUAGCAAUAAUAAGAUGUAAAUAAAAACAAAAAAAUAUAUUGAACGCUAACUUUGAAUACUACAAUUUUUUAUAGUUAAAACAUUGAAUGAAAUAAUUUACCUAGGUUUAAAAGUAAAAUUUUACACUAUUAUAAUAUAUAUCUGUUAACAAGAUUGAUAAACUUUAUCUUGAUAGAAGAUUUCUUAAGACGAGUUAUUUAAAUAAAACAAAAAAAAGAGAA